CCUCUCUAAAUUGCAGCUGAGAACAGUUUGAGCGAUGCAUCCUCAAGGUUACCCAACUGAAGCCGUUCCAUUGCAGGCUGCGAAUUAUGGUGGACUCCCUGGUCAGCCUGGAGUGGUCCAGCACACUGCUGUGAACAUCACCACAGGGCAACCAGUCAUCACAGAGGCCCCCAAAGACUAUAUUAUCUGGUCGCUCUGCUGCUUUGUCUACUCAAAUCCUUUUUGCCUUGGACUUGCAGCUCUCAUUUAUUCCAUCAAGGCCAGAGACAGGAAGAUGGUUGGAGAUAUGGAUGGUGCACGAAGUUAUGGCUCCACUGCUCGCAAUCUCAACAUUGCUGCCACAAUCAUAGUUACCACUGCAAUCCUGAUUUUCAUUAUUACAUUCAGUGUUAUUACAGCUAAAGCAGCUUCCUAUUACAGUCACAUUAACAGGUACAAUUACAAUCCCAAUCGCUACAACUAUCAAUUUUAAUUACUUUAUAAUCAUUUUAUAGAUUAUACAGUUUCCUCCUGCUGUCAUGAGGUCACAUUUGUGUUUUCCUGCUUAGAAUAAAUUUUACAACCUUCUAGAACCUUUUAAUCACAUCAUCUGGAGAAGACAUUUGACAGAAAUCUUAAAUGGAAGUCUUCUCUAUUUCUUUACUGAUAAGUUUUAUUUUCAUACUUUGUUACUUGAUAACAAUAUCCUGUCAGCAAAUCAUUGAGAAUUAAAAAGCUUCAUAUUUCAAUAAAGGUCCCUCUAUAUUACUGUUUUA